AACAAGCAGGGUGAAUGGAGCCCUUUUUUCAGGCUGUAAAAAUGGAGCCCGUCGAUCAUAAACGAGUAGUCAACGAGAUGGACUUCUUCGCCGGUGAUAUAUCUUCCAGACAUGUGAAGAUAGAAACUGAACAUCCUGGGUUGCUGAAAGAUCAAGCUGAUGAUGUAAACACUGGUUUAAAUCUCUGGACAACUAAUACUGCACGUGAGAAAUCAUCACGGAAUCUGAAACAGAAACAAAGGGUAAUUCAGUUAGCAGAUGUCCGAGCUGAAUUAGAACGAAUAAACGCAGAGAAUCAAUGGCUGAAACUCACUCUUAACCAGGUGAACAACAACUAUUAUGCUUUACAGAUGCAUCUUGUUUCAUUGAUGCAACGGCAACGAAAUCGGGUAGCUGAAAGUCCAGAAGCUAACAACACUGAGAUGGAUAGAUCAAUGGAAGAUAAAACACGUGGUGAAGGUAUGGUGGAAAGACAAUUUGUGGAUCUGGGUGAAUCCGAAAAGGCUGAAAAAGAUGAGAUUUCGGAAUCCUCGUCGGAGGAAAGAUCGCCGGAGUUAUUAGGUUCGCCUUGGAACACCAUUGUUGAGUCUAUGGAGAGAAGAGAAAAGAACAGUACUACCCCUGAAGGCCUUCCACAACCUCCAGGAUGGUUACCUAACAAAGCUCCCAAGUUGAAUACGUCAGAGGACAAUGAACAAGCACAACAUACCAUGGCCAUGAUUCGAAAAGCUCGCGUCUCGGUUCGAGCUCGAUCUGAAGCAUCAAUGAUUGCUGACGGUUGUCAAUGGAGAAAAUAUGGGCAGAAGAUGGCAAAAGGAAACCCUUGCCCUCGAGCUUACUACCGUUGCACCAUGGCUACCGGUUGUCCGGUACGCAAACAAUUGCAAAGGUGCGCGAAGGAUCAAACCAUCCUUGUCACGACUUAUGAAGGAAACCAUAACCAUCCGCUACCUCCAGCUGCUAUGGCCAUGGCGUCGACAACAGCAGCGGCGGCAUCAACACUACUGUCUGGAUCAAGGCCGAGUGCAGAUGGGAUUAUGAACUCGAGUACCAUCCCAAAAGGAACGAUGCUUCCUUGUUCGCCAAGUUCGGUCACCCUUUCAGCUUCAGCUCCAUUUCCUACUGUCACAUUGGACCUCACUCACAACCCUAAUCAAAGACCAUUGAACCAACUUCACCCCAUUUCUCCACACUGGCCUCACAAUAUAUCCAGUUUGCCGCAUCACCUGCUUGGCCACCCAAUUUACAACCAAUCCAAGCUUUUGGAUACUUUCCUUAGCUCUCAAGGAAACACUGAACUAAUUCCAGGCCAUUUAGGUCAAAACCAAAUGCAGGCACAUCCCGUGGCCGCAGCCAUCACAGCUGAUCCCAACUUCACUGCGGUGCUGGUCGCGGCCAUUACUUCCGUUAUUGGCAAUUCCCAUCGAGACACUAGUGGUAAUAGCAAUAGCACAGCAUCAAGAAACACAGGAGACAACAACACUUGAAUUAUAUUAUCAGUGAAAAACAUUUUGUUUGAAAAUUUUAUGUAUUUCAUUUGCAUGCAGUUUGUAAUUUUUAUUUUUCUCCUUAGAAAGUGGGGUAUAUUUUAGUUAUAAUUUUCUCUUCUA